GCCGCCGGUGACACGAGAAUGACGUCCGUCAGCCCCGCCGCGGAGGAGGCGCCGGCGCCGCGCCUCUGCCGCCUCGUCAAAUGGUCCAGCUUCCAGGGCUACGGCUUCAGCCUGCACACGGAGAAGGCGCGGCCCGGCCAGCACAUCGGUAUCGUGGACGCCGGCUCGCCGGCCGAGGCGUGUGGCCUGCGCGAGGGCGACCGCAUCCUGGAGGUGAACGGCGCCGCGAUCGCCGGUUGGGGCCACACGCAGGUGGUGGACGGCAUCAAGGCCGACCCGGAGCGCGUCAGCCUGCUGGUGGUGGACGAGACGACGGCCGAGUACUACGCCAGCCGCGACGUCACCAUCACCGGCACCAUGCCGGGCGUGCUGGUGACGUCGGCUGCCGGGCGCGAGCCUGCCGGCGCCGCGCAGGAUCAGUCGUCUCCGGGAAAGAGCCCCGCGAAGCCAGCGAAGAAGAGGCCUGUCAUUCCCAUCCCUCCAGUCGCGCCCAAGAUAGAAAUCACUCCCGACAAAUCACCGAACGGAGACGCCGAGAAGCAGGAUGACGUCAAAGAUGACUCGCAGUCUGAUCAGGCGGCCGAGGUCGCCGCAGAAGCACCGGAGCCAGUCCCAGACACUGCAGUCAAGAGUGAGCAGGCCACAGACAGCGCAGAGAUGUCGGACCAAGCGUCCGACACGCCAUCCGAUGUCGCCGAGCCUUCGGCAGCGGCCUCCGAACAGUCGCCGGAGGAGUCAGAGCCUGCUCCAGGGGUCCCCGAUUCCGCACCAGAGGUCCCCAAACCGGCGGCGGACGUCACUGACGGCCGUUCAGAGCCGGAGGUCACCGUAGAGGUGAACGGCGAAGCCGAAGUGCAGGACGAGAAAGCUGAUCCAGACCAGACCCUGGUGUCGACCGCAUCAACAGCCGUGCCCGAGAGUACGACGCAAAUGAAAGAAGAACCGGAAAAGGAAGUGGACUCCCAGCAGCCAGCGGAGGUGGCCAAAGAAAAACCCUCCGCUGCCGAGGCAGAAGAGACACCGGAACCCACCAAGCCGCUAAAUCGGAGGAAGUAUCUAAAAGAAGCGCAGGAGACCGCCGCCGAAACGGUCGAGUCGGUCAGUCCGCCAGAGCCGCCGCCGGCCGCCGACCAGCUCGUGGUGGCCCCGAGCGCCUCGACCGAAGACGAGGCGACCAGCGAGCCCGUGUCGUCGGAGUCUGUGCCGCCCAGUGCCAAGACGCCGGAGCCGGCCGAGGCGGAGCCGGAACAGGCUCCCGAGCCUGCGCCAGAGCCGGCCAAGAGCGUGGCAGAGAAGCCAUCUGAGCCAGAGAUCGCAGAGGUCACGCCUGAACCCAUCGCACCGACGCCGGAGGUGAACCAUGUGACUCAGGAGCCAGAGAAGCAGAUGGAGACCGAGCAGACAAAGGAGAUGGCGGCACCGGAGUCCGCCACCGAGGACGCGCACGAGCUUCCUGAGCCCGAAUCCGUCGCCGCUGAGGCAGCCCCCAGUCCUCCCGAGGCGGCCUCCGCUCCUCCCGAGGGCGGCACCCUGGAGGACGAAUCGUGGAAGAACCUGACUGUGGCCGAGAUGCGCGAGCGGCUGAAAGCCAAGAAGCGCCACGACCCCCGAGACGACCACCUCUCUUUCAAGCGCCGCCACGAGAUCGUGUCCAACAUGUAG